UUCGUCGGUAACAAGAAAUACGCAUGCGAGACGUGCAUCAAAGGCCACCGCUCGUCCACAUGUAAGCACACAGACCGCCCGCUGUACGAGAUCAAGAAAAAGGGCCGCCCGGCGACGCAAUGCGAGCACUGCCGUGAGCUCCGCAAAACCAAGCAGCUGCACGUCAAGUGCAUGUGCGCGUCCAAAAUCGACAACGCGCCCGACGCCGCGGGGCCAUCGACUAUGAGAAAAGGUGAUUUCCCGUAA